GCUGUGCUUGUUUACAUGUGCGUCUUCGAACUUAAACAGCUGUUCUAGUGCCGGUGUGUGGAUUAUUUAUAAAUUCUAACAAAUAAUUAAAUAACAAUGACUUUAAGCUUGUUAAUACGUACACAUGCAUUAGGCAAAUCACUGCUUACGAUAUCGAAGCAACUACAAUUUUCCAAUGCGUACUCCACUUGUGGCAGCACGGCGCUACUUGCGCAAUCAUUUACCUGUAAAUCCACAUUUGGCUCCUUAAAUUACACCACAACUGCCACAACAAGCAAUAAAAGCGCGGCGCCGCAAUGGACAACCAUAUACCGUCUGCCACUUAUACGGCUGGCGGCCGGUUUUCAACGUCUGAAAAUAUACCAAGGAGUGCUUACAGCCCUAGCAUUACCGAUUAGUUUUGCAUUAACAGAACAUGGCACUAUUUCACCCAAUUCCGUUGCCAUUGUGGGAGCUAUUGGCGUGUCCGGACUUGUAACAUUAACGUUCUUUAGCCUGCUAAUACGUAAUGUAGUCGGUUUUAUUUAUAUUAACGAUGAGCUUAACAAAGUGAAGGUGGCCUAUGUUGAUUUUUGGGGCAAGCGUACUGAUGCAAUUAUAGACAUUAAUGAUUUGGAUGUUGAGUGGGCAAAAGUGCGUCCCACAGCAUUUAACCUCUAUCAGAAGAUACGUUUAUAUAGUGACAACACUAAGUCCUUUAAGUUGUUACUGAACUAUGGUGUUAUUGUAGAACCGGAAACUUUUUGUGGGAUAUUUGGCGAAUAAGAAUUAUUGUUUGUGUGUAGAAGCGGAAGCUUAAGUUAAAAUAUUAUAAUUGAACCUUCUAGAACACAUUUAUUGUAUUGUAAGUAAUAAUAGAAUAAGAAGUUGAAAUAAAUUUAUUAAAUAAUUGCA